UAACCGUAGCAAUAGACGAUGCGCAAUCUCAGAUUGCGCAUAUAUUUAUCUGUCAAAAAGAUAUAUCGUUUCCGCGAAGCCAACCCUGAGCUAUAAACAUCAUUUGCAUGCGUUGAGUUGUUUUGUUUUGGUUUCCGCCACAAUUGAGCGAGUUAAUUCGUGAGCAGCUUCAUUUUCCAGCCAUGAGUGAUGAUUUAUCAAACAACGAUCAUAAUUACAACCGGCGUCUUCGGCGAAACCGUCGGUGGUGGAUGCGACCAGUUUUCUUCCGCAGAAGACAGGAUGGAAAUCGUCUGUUGGACGACAUCAAGGCCGAAAUGGUAAACGAUACGAUAAAAAAUUUUAUGCGGAUGAAACACGAAGAUUUCGAUCGUCUUUAUGCCUUGGUCGGUCCAGAAAUAAGCCGCAUGGAUACAAAUAUGCGAGAAGCGAUCACGGCCCAAGAAAGGCUUUUAAUAACAUUGCGGUAUUUGGCAACGGGGGAGACAUUUGCAAGUUUGCAAUACUUGUUUCGGGUUUCUAAAUCGUCGAUUGCCAAAAUUGUGAAGGAUGUGUGUGCUUGUUUAAAUAAACAUUUGCGGAGCUAUGUAAAGAUCCCGUCCACAGCAGAAGAAUGGAAGGAGAAAUCAAAAAUGUUUGAACAAAGGUGGAAUUUUCCGCAUGCAAUUGGGUCCAUUGAUGGCAAACACGUACAAGUGGAAAAGCCUAGUAAUAGUGGAUCAGAGUAUUACAACUAUCAACAUUAUUUCAGCAUUGUAUUACUUGCGGUAGUAGAUGCCGAUUACAACUUUUUACAUGCAGAUAUUGGAGGAAAAGGUGGAAUAUCUGACGGAGGUGUGUUUAAAAACACACGCUUGUACCAGAAGCUGGAAAACAACAGUUUGAACGUUCCGGAACCUGAACCACUGCGAGUUCCAUAUGCAAUGCGAGUACCUUACUUUCUUUUAGGCGAUAAAGCGUUUGCUUUUACCAGGUACUGCAUUCGACCAUUUGGAGGCAUGCAUGCGGAAGGGACAAUUGAAAGAGUUUUCAACAAACGUCACUCUCGUGCUCGAAUGAUCGUUGAAAAUGUGUUCGGGAUUUUAGCCAACCGUUUCCGAAUUUUUAAAAGCCCGAUUCUGCUAGAGCCAGAAGAAGCUAAAACGGUUAUUAUGACAACAAUAUAUCUCCAUAAUUUUCUUCGACAGAGUGCUUCACGCAAUACAUACACUCGCCCUUCAUCUUUUGACAGGGUCGUCAAUGGGCGUUUUGUAGAAGGCGAGAGAGCUCCAACUACAAUGAGCGGACUACAAGGCAUACCCUGUCGCACGCCAAACGACUUGUUGAAUAUACGUUUACACAUUGCACAUGAUCUUAAGUAUAAUAACCAACUUAAUCAUUAAUGCAAUACAACUCUUUGUAUGUGCCAUUUAUUAAGUUGAUAAUUAGUUAUUAAAUCGUAGAAUGUGCGUAGAUUACAUGCAGUUACACAUUAUAUGUAUAAUAUGCUAACCCACAUCGUCGCUACUACACUUGUACCUAUGCAUUGUCCACCCACCAUUGUUUAGAUGAAAGAAUGGUUCAACGUGAAUCACGCUUGGCAAGUUAUUAAGAUAAAACGAUUUAUUUGCGAUCGUUUUAGAAACACCAAACACACAUUCGCGUAUUGUAGGGAACACGCGUAUGAUUAAGGCUCCUGUAUUAAUGCUUGAUGAUUUUUUUUUCAAAAACGAAUUCCUUUAUGAGAAUAAUGAAACAUGAACUAGCAACAGAAGUACUAAUACAACUAUUUGUUAUACUCAUUCCACGAAAGCUUCGCGUGUUGAGCAAAAUAAAAUACCGUAUGAAAUAAAAUUUUAUAGUAACGCGCUACAGAGCUUAUCAAA